AAUUAUUUAUUUGCCAUAGAGGAUGCUAAAUUAUUUAUUUUCUUUUUCAACUGAAUUGAAUGCACUGAAAUAAAUUCUGCUUAAUAAAGGAGAGUUUUAAGUUUAACAUCUAUGCGUAUUAGGGUUAAGGCUUAUAAGGUUAAUAAUUAGAAAACAGAAAAAGUAUAUUUUCUUGCCUUAAACAGCUGUUUUCACACCUGUUUACAUACUGAAGACAUAGUACAUUUCGUCACGACUUUCCACAAUAGUUUUAUUGUCAUCAUUAAUGGCUAAACGUAAGUAAGUACUACGUAUACUUAACUCGUGAACCGCGUUAAAUGUGGAGUGUUUAGUUUUGACUGAUAGUGAUAACUGUGGAAUUCAGAAUGGGCUGUAGAAAUGCCUUAGCUAUUGUAAUAGUUGGGAUAAUUGUUGAUUAUUCAGUUGAAUGUGGGAGGGUAAAACGAGUGAUUGGAGCUGAAGUGGUUGAAUGCGGAAUACAGCCACGUGCAGUCUCUCUACAAAAUGCAUCGUCCAGUCAACACCUAUGCGGGGGAACUAUAAUCUCGCCAUAUUACGCGCUGACAGCCGCCCACUGCGUGCAAUCGAAUGAGGAUCAAUAUGUUCUGCAGCUGAACAACUACUGCGUUCCUGAGGGAGCGAAGUUUCCAACUGCCACCGUUAAAAAGAUUAUUAAGCACGAAAAGUUUGACCCCGUCACGAAAGCACAUGAUAUAGCUCUCUUACGGAUCACCCUGCACCUUUGCGAUAAGAGCUGGCUAAAAGAGCAAAUACUACCAAAAUCAUCGUUUGGACUUUCAGGUGAAUGUACAAUAUAUGGCUACGGCUUCCAAGAUCUCGAGACAAAGGAAACAUCAACGGAAUUGCUGGCUGGCAAGUUGGAAAUAGUGUCAUUGGACGAAUGCAGGCGGGAGCUGGGCCCGUACGUCGCACCUGACUAUGACAGCGGGAUGAUAUGCGCUGUUGGCGAGGGCGUCGACGCCUGCCAGGGAGACUCGGGUAGUCCUCUAAUCUGCUCUCGUGGUAAACUAGAAGGCAUCAGCAGUUACGGCAUGAGCUGUGCAGUACCCGGCCUGCCCGGCGUUUAUACCAGUGUCGCGGCGCAUCUGAACUGGAUCCGAGAAAAUAUGAAAUAUUAUGCGCCGUAAUAAAUAUUUAGGAAUAAGAUUAA